CUAUCUAUAAUUUAAUCCCUACCUACUAGAUUAUAACAUGUGUAUUAAAACUCUGAAAACAGGAUCCAGAAUAGAAGAUAUUCUAGUUUGGAGCACAAAAAUACAACCACUGGUGAUAUUUACAGAUCAAAAUUACAUUUCUAUGAGUUAAGCAUUUGUCCUUCAGAAAGCAAUAGGCACAGUUUAGCAAAAAAAAAUUUUCCCUGCCACAUUUGCGCUUUUAUAAUAAGGUGAAAAUAACAGUCUCUCACUGUGCAAUCUUGCUAUACUUUGACUUGCAUGGAGAUUGGGAUGAUUAUGGUAGAUGAUCAGAAAGAUGGAGUGUGGGGUAAAUGUUCUGUUUGCUGGUUACUGAAUCAGACAAAAAAAACCAGGCUCGGAAUUUCAGGCCACAGAAGAAGAUUCAUUUAACAAAAGCUGCAUUGGGGGUAAAAAUCAUCUAUGUCAUACUAUGUCCAUGGGUUGGCAGUGGUACAAAUACUACAGUAAUGGAUUUAAUAUACACAGGGAAGGGUAUCUUUAGGCAAGCACGUUGAAUCACUUCUAAUUGUGAAGCAGCAAUGGUGUUGGGUGUCUCAGGUUAGAUUACUAGAUCCAUGUUUAAUUUCUGGCCAAAAAACCACAAUAUAUAAUUACAGGUUUUGGCAAAAAUCCUUACACAAUUCAGAGCAAAUUAUGGUCUGACUUAAUUUUCCUGUUGUUGUUAAUGAGGAGGUUAUAGCUUAAGAUAACUUUAGUAUGAACUACAGUGGAAUCUCUUUUACCUCAGAGAUAAUUCUGGAUGUUUAAUACAUAUUAAUAUAUGUAUUAAGUCUAUAUAGUGCUUAGUGACACACAUUAAUCACUACAGUAUAGUAUCCAUUGUGUUCAUAAUUCUGCCAAUUACUAUAGUGUAUGGUGUACAGUAUAGUGCAUAGCAUAGCAUAGCAUAGAAUAUUUUAUUGGCCAAGUGUGAUUGGACACACAAGGAAUUUUUCUCUGAUGCAUAAACUCUCAAUGUACAUACAAACAACAAAGUGAUUGGUCAUAAAUCAUAGCAUAUAGCACUUACCAUAUACUAUGUAAAAUAUACUAUAUACUAUAAGGCAAGAUGUAAUGUAGUGUAAUUAUAGGAAAGAUUAAUGAUGUUUGAAAGCGCACAUGUAUGUUUUAUCAUUUAUGUUUAUACACAUGUCACAAACUAACUCUAAAAUGCAAGAGAAAUAGGAGGAUACCCUUCCAUUAGCACAUCCUGUUUAUUAGCUAUUUUGAUAUUUCUCAUUUUGAAGAGUUAACAUGACAAAGUGUUGUUGGAUCAACAAUGAUAUGCCCAGUAUUUUGGGUGAAAAAACAGAAUUGUAGUAUAGGAGACUGCCUAGAAACCAUAGGAAAAGAAACAUGAUUACAUUAGCUCAAUGGUUAAUAGAUGCCAAGCUAUUUACUAUGGGUCACUUGAAUUUGCUGCUGAUGGAAAGGCAUCAAAAUCCAUAUAACUUACUUUGGAUUAUGUUGCCUCAAUAAGGAUAAUGCUAGCUUCAUAGUAGUAUACUUAAGGCCAUCAUCAGCCUGUCUCACACAUGGGUUGGAUUAUGUGAGUAGGACAAUAUGCUAGAGACCUUGCAGAAAAAAGUUGAUGGCAGGUAUAUUUGUAUUAUAAUUAGGUAAAAAUGAAUAAACAGAGUUAGAUCACAGAUCAAACAUACAGAUACUGGGAGUAUCACAAUCUCUUGUUACUUGAAAGUUAGAGAGGAAAAUCUUUGUUCAUGACCAGAUCACCCAAAAUUCACUUCCAAUUAUGGUGUUUUCUAUUAUGUUUCAUAUAUGUAAAUAUGGUCUGGAAACCAGUGUCUCAAUUAGUAAAUAAGUAAAUAAAUAGGGAAAUUAUAGCCAUUAAUACCUGCCCAUGGAAAAUGCUGGUUCUGUCCUCACUGACCUGUUGACAAUGAAGUCUUUGUCUACUAUUGCUGAUCAAGCUAGUAAAUACUGCCUCGGUUCUUUCUCUGUAUCAUCUAGUAAAGUCAUUGACUCAAAGGGAGAGGAAAAGGAGGGGCGGGGUGUGUGUUGAGAGUUAAAACACAACAAACAAGGUGCCACUAAAGAUAGGAAACUGCUGAGACUGUAUUGGUUAGAAAGCAGCAUAUGUACAUGGGUACACGUGUAAUUCAAAUUACUACCGAUCCAUCUAAAGAACAACUAGUGGAUUUAGUGGUAACAGCCAGAAAAAGAACAAGGUUUGUAGUUUUAUGCUCUCUUUGAUCUGUCAGUUUCCCUAUGUCUCUUCCCUUUUUACUUUGUACUUUGUACUUAUAAUUUGCUUCCUUUGUUUCAUUUUCCUAUACAAUAUUCCUUUCCUUUGGGGGCUGGGAUGGGGAGAGAUUGCUGCACGAAGUCACAGUGCAUCUGGUGCCCUCAGGUAUUCUGGAAUUAAUUUCUCAUCACUUCUGGCUAACCUGACCCAUAUCAACAGAUUAUGGAAGCUCUAGUCCAAAGCAUCUGAAGGGCUUCAGAUUGCCUAUAUCUGGGGCUCAUAUUCUUGUUCUGUUUCCUAUAAAAUAGUGCACAAUCUAAAACCCCUCCAAAUUUCAUUUUGUUGGGAAGGUCACGGAAGAUGCAUGAAUUAUUGUAAUCCUUGAAUUUAUUUACCAAAAUAUAGAUUGAAUGAGGUGAACAGAGAAUUUAAAUACUUUAAGAUCAACAUUCAUGAUCCAUGCAGAUUGACAGAACCAUUUCUACCAGAGGGAUUUUCCAGAGCUUCCAAUAAAAUGUUUCUGCCUCUUUUUCUUUCUCCCUCUCCAAGUCUAGUUCUGUAGUAAUCAUACUAUCCUUAAUUUACAAGUGGAGAGACAUACAUUAAUAUUUCUUACUAAAACAGCUCAUUUCCUUUCCAGAAAUAUCUCCAGGUAUUUGCUUAAAUAAAAUAUGUGCAGGGCAUGCUUUGCCAGUGACUAUUAUUAAGAACAUUUCAGAAAUCCCCUAAAUUAAUUAAUCCAUCCUGUUCAAUCCUCCAGCAGCAUUCAUUGAUCAUGUAUGUGUGAAUCAAAGGAUGUCCUUUCUCCUGCAUGUUUGAUCAGAGUCUCUCUCGUUACAGUCAAAAUGAAUUCACAGAUAGGAUGAUUAUUAAGAUAGUUGAAGUCUGCAAUAUAGAUACACCUGGCAUCCAAUUUUUCUGCUCAGUGCUUUGGAUAUCCUUUAUGAAUUGCAGCUGCAAUGGGCACUCACCAUUUCCCUGGCCGAACAGUCUUAUUUGAAAAGGAAACAAGUGGACUGACGUACCGAGUGCCAGCGUUACUCUAUAUCCCAUCUGUAGCCAAGCUCUUGGCUUUUGCAGAACAGCGGCUUAGUGUGGAUGACGCUGAUGCCAAUUUACUGGUGCUAAGAAGGGGUGUUUUCUACAUGAACUUUGUGCAGUGGGAAGAUAUGCAAACCAUUGAAACAGCAAAACUUAUGCACCAUCGAUCUAUGAACGCUUGUCCCAUCUAUGAUGAAGUCACUGGCAUGGUUUUCCUAUUUUUCAUUGCUGUGUUGGGCAGGACUUCUGAAGUCUUUCAAAUUGUCACAGGUCAAAAUGCUGCUCGCCUCUGCUAUGUGUCUAGUUCCGACCAGGGCAUCAGCUGGAGUCAUGUGACUGAUCUCACUGAGGAAGUCAUUGGCAUGUCCAUCCAAGAUUGGGCUACUUUUGCCCUUGGUCCUGGUCAUGGCAUUCAGCUCAAGUCAGGCCGUCUGCUCUUGCCUGCUUAUACUUAUUAUAUUGACUGCAAAACAUGCUUUGGGAAAUUCUGCAAAACAACCCCACAUGCAUUUGCCUUCUACAGUGAUGAUCAUGGGCAGAGCUGGUUCUUUGGUGAGUUUGUCCCCAAUCUGAAGACUGUUGAGUGCCAGAUGGUGUCAGUGGAUGAGGAGGAUGGAAGCCAUGUGCUCUUCUGCAAUGCUAGGAGUCCUCUGGGCUUCCGGGUUCAGGCACUCAGCACAGAUGACGGGGCAAUAUUCCAUUCAGGGCAGCUGGUACCACGACUUGUAGAGCCUCCUCAUGGUUGCCACGGAAGUAUCAUUGGAGUCCCAGCUCCACUUUACUGCAUGCAUCAUGGCAUCCAAGUGUCCCAGAGAAAAGCAUGUCCUGUUAAAGGGCCAGGCCUCUUAUUGCAGCCUAGAAUGUGUGAGAGGUCCCAUUUUUGUCCAGCACAGCUUAGUAGUUCUCUCUGCAACCACUAUUUAUGCCAGCAGCAGCUGGAAAGGUUUAUAUCAACUGAAACUUCUAGUGGCCACCUCAAUAGUGCUCUUAGUCCCAUGUCUUGGAAUAUGACAUGUACUGAUCCAGAUCACAAUGCUGAAAUGAUUUCCAAAUCAGAUACGUAUUUUGAAAUCCCAACAUGGGUUCUGUAUUCCCACCCAACAAGCUCCAGAUCCCGAGACAACUUGGGAAUAUACCUCAGCACAUUUCCUAGAGAUGUUGACAGCUGGUCUAAACCCUGGAUUAUUUAUGAAGGGCCCAGUGCUUACUCAGACUUGGCCUACAUUGAGUUGCCUUACUCAGAGUUCUCAGCAACUGGGAUCGCAGCAUUUGCCUGUCUGUAUGAGAACGGGAUGCAAUCCCCAUAUGAGCAAAUAUCCUUUAGCAUGUUUACAUUUCAUGAAGUUCUUCAGAACAUUCCUCUAACAACUUUUUCCCUAAGUCAGAAACGAACCUCAAAGGUUACAAAGAAAAAGGGGAAAAAAUGUGCUAUCUUUUAAACAGAGGGAUAACCUAGAUACUUUAAAUCUCAUUCAUCCUAUCAUAAACAUUGUGAAAUUUAUUUUGAUAUACAAUUGUGUACAUAUUAUUUGCAGAAUAGAGUUGGGUUGCAAAAUUCAGAUAAAUUAAUGCAAGAUGCAUGUAGCUACUUUGGCCUUGCUAGGAGAUUGAGAGCUUCCUUCAUUUAUAGAAAUAUUCCAAAAUAUGUUUAAGGAUGCUAGCUUGGGUCUGCCACCUGUUGGUUAAAACACCCUACUAAAUGGAAGAAGGGAUAAGAUUAUUUACAGUGCAGAUUCUGGUUUCCUUUCCUUUCCUCUCUAAAGUUGUGGGUUAUUUUUUUAAUUAUUAUUUUCUUGAAACCAAAACAAAGAGUCAUGUUUUCUUUCCAUAUACAAAGAAAUGCAUCCCACUACACUUCUGUGGCUUUAAGUUAGAGAAGGGUUAGAGAACAAUUAAUCAGUGGAACAGCUUAUUUCCAGAAAUUGUGGGUGCUCCAUCACUGGAGGUUUUUAAGAAGAGAUUAGACAACCAUUUGUCCAGAAUGAUAUAAGGUUUCUUGCUCAACCAGCGAGUUGGACUAGAAGUCCUUCCUUCCUACUCUGUUAUUCUGUUAUUAAGAAGAAUCACACCCGUCUAACCCUUCCAUAGAAGGGAAAAUAUAUCUUCCAAGGUAAUCUGUUAAAGAAGGCAUCUGCAAUGCUGGCCAGGACUGAGCAGGAUUGAAGGGUCAAACGCAUCACCAGUCAUGAAUCCUUUUGCGCCCACAAGAGAUCUAAGUCCAGCCCACCUUGAAUACCUUCUUAAUUCCCACUCAUUUCCUUUGACCACUAGUAGCUUAGAUUUUUUCAGAGAGCUUAAGCUUGCAAUAAAUCUUUAUACUCAUUUGAACAGCCUGAAUCUCCUGAUUUCCCCUGCGCUUAACAGGUUGGGUCUUAAGACAGCAGACACCAUGCAUGCUUAAGUCCAGCAUCUCCUUUGUAUUUUACCUACCAAUGUUAGGGCACAUUCACUUCAAUGGAGCACGUAAAGCAUGGGUGUCCAAACUUUCGGCUUGCCUGGGGUGCACUGAGUGAGGAGGAACUAUCUUGGGCUGCAUAUAAAAUACAAUGUAUAUAAAUCACAUUAUAAUAUUAAAAAUUUACGAACUUGUACGGCUGUAUGACUAGCUGUCCAGAACCACAUGCAGUCCAUGGAUUGGACAUGCCUGAUGUAAAGGGUAUGAAGGGGUUUGUGAUCACAUUAUAAUAAUACAGAUUGAGAUAAUAUUGCAACAACAUUGCCUGCCAUGAAAUAUGUUGGGAAAUAUCAUGACACACAUAAAAUAUAAGUGUAGUUUUGAUUGUACUGCUAUAGCCACUAUCCUGAUAUUUUUGAUGGCAUACU